GGUGUCUCCCGUGUCGAGAAGGAGUGAGAGAUCUCGUAGACGAGUUGACUGUCAGUGAUGUAGGAUAAGAAAGUGCCGCGGCCUGUGAUAUGGUGGACGACGGCAGAAGGAAGAGGAGGAGGGAGUGGCGAUUGCAAGGAGGGCGGUGCAAAGGGAAGGGGGGAAAGAAGGGAAAGGGGAGGGAGAUCAGUAGAGUGGGGGUCACUCAAGUCAGGGAGGGAAGUGUAUCCAUUGGGUAUGCCUGGUGCUAAGUCAUUAUGUUUUAAGGUUGUAAAGACAAAAGCAAGAGAAAAAGCAACAGGACUUUCUGUGAGCCGAGAUUGACAUCCCCAAUGUGUUGCUUUCUGUUGUAGAGCUGGCUGGGAGUAUUCGGGGUUCCGCUCGUAGGGCGAGAGAGUGGCAGGCUGUAUGGUGGGAUGAGCAGUGCAUGCCAGCGGCUCGAAGCGGAGUCUGGAGGCAGGCGUGGCGGAGGCGCGAGUCCCGCGUUGUUCGCGGGGGAGAAGGCCCUCUGCGGCGGCGUCGGCGGCGUGGCCCACGGGAGGUUCAGCUGCGACUUUUGUGACAAGAAGUUCAGCCACAAGAGCGACCUCACCAAGCACCGGCGGACGCACACGGGGGAGAAACCCUACCAGUGUCUGCUGUGCCCGUACCGUGCCACGCAGUCGUCGCACGUGCGGCGGCACGCGCGUUUCUUGCACGGCCAAGACGUGUACGAGUAUAAUGCCGCCGCCGCCGCCGCCGCCAGCGCCGCUUCCACGCCCGCAGCUGCUGCUCUCCUCCUGGAAGGUCCGGCAGAGGAGAGCGAGUGCGAGGUUCAGGUGUUGUCGCCAGUCGCUCCUCUCCGGCCCCCGCACCUGCACCAGCAGCACCACCACCGCCACCACCACCCUCAGGGAACUGCGCCUCACCCCUUCCACCAGCAGCAGGCGCAGUACCCCCAGCAGCAGCCCCAACACCUGGCCGUGUCGCACCCUCAGCCGCUGGGCCAGCAGCGCCUGGGGCCCGUGUACCCGUGCCCUUACUGCGGCAAGACCUUCGACCGGCCCUCGCACCGCGACCGCCACGUGCGCACCCACACGGGGGAGAAGCCCUACCGGUGUCCGGUGUGCUCGCACUCCUCCAGCCUCAAGGAGAACCUCAAGGCUCACAUCCUCCUCAAACACCCAGGUUGUGACCCUGGCGUGCUGAUGGGCGGCGUGGAAUGGCUGGACUGUUCUUGGCCCAUAGGGGAUGAGGGGAGUAGGUCCCAGGCCUCCUCAGCGGCAAUGUCCCUGCCAACACAGAUGCCCCUUCCCUUGUCUUCCUCCUCCACUACCACCGCCUCCAGCUCCUCGGGCCCGUCCCUCAGGCUGGCCCUGGGCGGGAUGUGUGGCCCCAGACCACCCCAGCCGCCGCCGCCGCCUUCGCAGCCUCCGCAGGCGCUGCUGCAGCCGCAGGGAAGCGUCCACCCUCCCACUGUUGGGCACGACCUGAUCCAGCGCAAGGGGGGCGGCGAUUACGUGUGCGGGUACUGCGGCAAGAACUUCGUGGCGCCGGCUUUCCUGCGGCGCCACAUCCGAGCGCACACGGGGGAGAAGCCCUUCAAGUGCCCCCACUGCGACUUCCGGGCCACGCAGAAGGGCAACCUCAACAGCCACAUCAUCAACAGACACAACGCCCCGACCGCGGUGGGCUGCGGUGUUGAUGUCACGGGUGGUGGCGGCUCUGAAGGUGGUGAUGGAGGCAGUCUUGAGGAGAUCCUCAUGCGGGCUCUCCCUCCGGGGAUGCAGGCCGCGGCCGGGGGCGUCGGGGUGCCGCCCGGCGCCGCCCCUUUCCAUCCCCCACCCGUGGCCUACCGGCAGUCCGGGGCCACCACCCCCUCCCGCGAGCGUCGGGGCCCGCCGCCUCCCCCGCCUGCGUCUGGGCCUAGUAAGCGGUGCUAUUGGUGCCACCUGUGCAAGCGGGAGUUCCCGUUCCCCUCCAAGCUGAACGAGCACAUGCGCACGCACACGGGCGAGAAGCCGUUCGCGUGCCCCCUGUGCCCCUUUCGGACCUCCCUCAAGUGGAACCUCAAGUCGCACAUGCUGAGAUGUGGGAGACAUGGCUUUGGAAAAAAAUGUAGCGUUCCUGAAGACCAAAAGGGUGGAGUGAAGCCAGAAGCAGAUGUGUUAGCAGCAUGUAUCCUGUAUGUGAGGUACAUGUGGGUAGUGUGGCUGGCUGAGGUUGUCGCGCGCCACCAGCACACCGUGGCCAACUUCAAACACUGGAUAAGUGACGCCCUGGGCAGGCUGCAGGCGGCCCACCUCAGCCCCCCCGCCCUGCUAAAGCUCAACCCCCUCUUGGGCAGCGCCGCCAGCCCCGCCCUCAGCGUGGCCGACACCUUCCCCCUGCCCGUCAUGCUGGCCAUGCACUCGCUCAACCACGUGGAGGAGCGGCCCUUCACCUGCCCCUACCCGAGCUGCCACUACAACUCCGUCAUGCGGGGCAACGGUGGCGGCUGGCCGGGAAGGACGUCCGCUCUCCCUGUAAGUCGCGUGGGCGGUGUCCCUGGAGGGUAUAGCCGCCUCCCUGGCCCCCCUCAGGAGGGCUCGAGCAUGUACAGUAUCCUGGGCACAAACUCCGGAGGGCCAAACGCCCCCCACCCCGUCAGGGCUAGGUCCGUUACGUGGACAAAGCGGAGCUCGGGCAACUCCGUGUGUCCCUUAUGUCUGAAGGACUUCAUGUACCCGUCGGCCAUGGUGCUGCACAUGAGGACCCACACGGGGGAGAAGCCCUUCACGUGCCCGUACCCGCAGUGUGACUACAGGUCCACCAGGAAAGGCAACCUGAAACGCCACGCCAGCACCCACGGCGAGGAGGACUCGCGGGUACCGAGCAGCUCGUGGGCGAAAUACGCCGGUGUAGACAGUAGCGGCGACCCCAGACCACGAGACGGAGUGGGCGGUGGUGGGAGCAUGUGGGCGGCGCCGCUCCCGGGGGCUCUGGUGCCCGCCCCCCCACCACGCCCGGAGGGGGGCCUUGACAACAGUAGCUUGCGUCCUCACGUGUGUCAGUAUUGUGGCUAUUCCUUUUGUCGCCCCUCGCAGCUCGCGACUCAUAUUAGGAUUCACACGGGAGAGAAACCGUACCGUUGCACCGUGUGCUCGUAUAGCGCGGCGCAGAAGGGCAACAUGCGCAGGCACAUGCAUCUCGUUCACGGUAUUGUGGGCGUGGGCGGCUACCGAAGCGGCGUGGCCCUGGGGCUGAUGGCGCAAGCCAUGUCCCGCCUGUACAUGACCCACGCAGGAGCAGCAGCACCUGGCGAGGCUCCCGACCUCUCGCCCUUCUCCACAGAGCCUCCAGCCCACCACGUGCCCCACAGCUGCAAGUUCUGCGGCAAGCUGUGCGACACGCCUUCGCAGCUGGCCAUCCACCUGAGGGCGCACACGGGAGAGAGGCCUUUUUGCUGUCCGCACUGCGACUAUCGGGCCACGCAGAAGCACCACGUAAAGAGCCACCUGCAGAGAAGACACAAAGAGCUCGUCCAGGACCCCGAGGCUCACCUCGCCGCGCAGCCUAGGUUAUAAGUGCCAGGUUGGGUGGAGGAAACUAGUCGCAGAUUAGCCUUGGGGGGCCACUGACUUUGCACAGUAGGGACACGAGGCUGGUAGCAGGAGCAACGGCAGCAGCAGCGUGGUGGUGAUGUUCCUUCUCUCUGUUCUAGGUGGGUCCUGGAGGCGGUGUUUGGUCACACGGCCUAGUUCCAGCCAACCCUCCAGCCUCCAGGCUCAGCGGACA